AUUUUCACAUAGCAACUCCAAUCAGCGAAGAGGGACUGUCUGGUUGCGAUGGUAGUGGUAGUGGUGGUGUUGGAAGAAGCAAGUGUUUCCUUUGGGCUUCCUUACUGCUGCGUAUAGUAGCAACAUUCUGCCUAUAAAUGUUAAGUUUGGCGCCUAACUACCAGGCGUUUAAUUCUCUUCCUUAAUAAUUGAGUUUCUGCAUGUUAAUAUUGCAGAUUAGCUUGCGAGGUGAACGUAACCUUGUCUGAAAAGCAUCUUUGAACAUAAUAGGAACACGAAAUUACGAUGCCAUCCCCGAUGGAGGGAUCUUCCAGAGAAGGUGACCUCUUUACUGUGAAACAUGAGCUGAAAAAUGCCAACCUGACGGGCCAUGUAGAGAGGGUGGGCAUUGAAAACUUUGAGCUAUUAAAAGUGUUGGGCACAGGAGCAUACGGCAAGGUGUUCCUGGUGAGGAAAGUGAGUGGACAUGAUGCAGGGAAGCUGUAUGCCAUGAAGGUUUUGAAGAAGGCCACUAUUGUACAAAAGGCAAAGACUGCUGAACACACACGGACGGAGCGGCAAGUGCUGGAGCACAUCCGCCAGUCUCCAUUCCUUGUCACACUUCACUACGCCUUCCAGACGGAUACCAAGCUGCACCUCAUUCUCGAUUAUGUAAAUGGUGGGGAGCUCUUCACACAUUUGGUGCAAAGGGUGCGAUUUAAGGAGCAAGAAGUAGCCUUGUACAGUGGAGAGAUUGUGUUGGCACUAGAACAUCUACACAAGCUUGGGAUUGUCUAUCGGGACCUGAAACUUGAGAAUAUUCUACUGGAUUCAAGUGGUCAUAUAGUUCUCACAGACUUUGGCCUCAGUAAAGAAUUUGAUCAGAUGGAAAGAGCGUUUUCUGUCUGUGGUACCAUUGAAUAUAUGGCUCCAGAAAUUGUGGAAGGUGGAGAGUCUGGACAUGACAAGGCGGUGGACUGGUGGAGCCUUGGCGUGUUGAUGUACGAGCUUUUGACUGGCGGAUCACCCUUCACUGUGGAUGGAGAUGAGAACUCACACACAGACAUUGCCAAGAGGAUUUCCAAAAAGGAUCCUCCUUUCCCCAAAGAUAUGGGACCACUGGCCAAAGACCUCAUCCAGCGGCUCCUCAUCAAAGAUCCAAAGAAGAGACUGGGCUCAGGUCCUAAUGGAGCAGAGAAUGUAAAAAAACACCCAUUUUACCAGAAAAUUAACUGGGAGGACUUGGCAGCUAAGAAGGUGCCUGCCCCGUUCAAGCCAGUGAUUCGGGAUGAGCUGGAUGUCAGCAACUUUGCAGAAGAGUUCACAGAGAUGGACCCCACCUACUCUCCUGCAGCUCUGCCUCAGAACUGUGACCGCAUCUUCCAGGGCUACUCUUUCAUGGCCCCCUCCAUCCUGUUUAAGAGGAAUGUGGUGAUGGACGACCCUGUCCAGUUGUGUGGGGGCUCUGAGAGGCCAGGCUCUGCUGCGGUGGCCCGCAGCGCCAUGAUGAAGGACUCACCUUUCUAUAUGAGUUAUGAGAUGGACCUGAGGGACAGUGUUCUGGGAGAGGGUAGCUUCUCCAUCUGCAGACGGUGUACACACAAGAAGACUGGACAGAAAUAUGCAGUCAAGAUUGUCAGCAAAAGGAUGGAAGCACAGACUCAGCGGGAAAUAGCAGCCUUGAAGCUCUGCGAUGGCCACCCUAACAUUGUCAAGUUACAUGAAAUUUACCACGACCAGCUCCACACGUACGUGGUUCUGGAGCUGCUCGGUGGAGGGGAGCUGCUGGAGAGGAUCCGCAGAAAGCAACAUUUUAGCGAAACAGAGGCCAGCCGCAUCAUGCGAAAACUGGUGUCGGCCGUCAGUCACAUGCACGACGUAGGAGUGGUGCACAGGGACCUUAAACCGGAGAACCUGCUCUUCACAGACGAGAGUGAGAACUCCGAGAUAAAAAUCAUAGACUUUGGCUUUGCUCGCCUCAAACCACCAGACAAUCAGCUCCUGAAGACUCCCUGCUUCACCUUGCAGUACGCAGCACCAGAGAUUCUCAAAUAUGACGGCUACGAUGAGUCCUGUGACCUGUGGAGUCUGGGGGUCAUUCUGUACACCAUGCUGUCUGGCCAGGUGCCUUUUCAGUGUCAGGAGAAGAGCCUGACCCACACCAGUGCUGAGGAAAUAAUGAAGAAAAUCAAACAAGGAGACUUCUCUUUCGAAAGCGAGGCCUGGAGAAAUGUGUCCCAGCAGGCCAAGGACCUUAUACAAGAGCUGCUGACGGUGGACCCAAACAAGAGGAUUAAGAUGUGCGGCCUACGUUACAAUGCCUGGCUCCAGGACGACAGCCAGUUGUCCUCCAACCCUCUCAUGACCCCGGACAUUCUUGGCUCCUCCACUGUCUCCGUCCACACUUACGUCAAAGCUACCUUUAAUGCAUUUAACAAAUGUAAGCGGCAAGGUUUCCGCCUGCAGACGGUGGACAAGGCGCCACUAGCCAAGAGGAGGAAGAUGAAAAAGACAAGUACCAGCACAGAGACCCGCAGCAGUUCUGGUGAGAGCACCCAUUCCUCAUCCUCCUCCUCUCAGUCACAAGAGAAGACUUUUCCAGGGGGCGACACCGACCCGCAGCCCUCCAAAAGCACACCUGUCAACACAUCCGUGAUCCUGGGAACGGACUUUGAGCACCAACCAGCGCAUCCAGCCUUUCACUUCUCAGAAGGACAGUGAGACAGCGAAAGGAAAACAGAGAUUCAGACAGUUUCAUGAACUGUAGGAUGGCUUGGACCAGUGUAGAGACAACUCUCUUCUCUUUCUCUCUGUCCCUGGUAGCUCUAUGCCUCUGGCUCAAUUGCAUGGAUGUUCGCACAUCACCAAAACCAAGCAUGCAGCAGGAGCAGCAACCGUCACCUCAAUAUCAAUCAAUCAAUCAUCACUAGCAAUAGCUUAUCCUUUUUCUUUCUCACUUUCACACACAGACUGUAUCAAUCAGGGACUGGACCAGGAAGAAGUUGUCACCGGUGUCCACAAUGAAAAGGGCUGCCCUACUGCCCCAGGUUCAGGCAGACAAUGGAGAGACAUCUUCAGUUUCAUUAUAAAAUAACUCACUCUCUGUCUACUCCAUUUACCUGUCUUUGUCGAUGCCUCCAGAGGUUUUAAAGGGAAAGUCGUAGUGUUUACACCAUGGAUGCUUUUGCUUUCAAAGGGAGAGAAGAAAAGCAACGUGCUGCAGCGUAAUGUAAUGUGGAUCCGCUUCUCUUUUCUGGGAAGUCUCUGCAAGAUGGAGCAGAGUAUUUAUAUGUGAAUUUUACAGACUGAAAUUUAUUUAUGAUAAGCUAUAUUGUUAACUUAUUUAUGGUUCAGACUGAUUUGAAAAGAAAUGGAUACAGUGAGUCUUUAAAAAAAAAAGACAGUUGUGUGUAUGUUUUUCCCUAUCAGCUCAAAAGACUCUUUCAAUGUAGUCUGAUGGUUCAUACAUCUUUGUAAUCAUCAUAGACAUCAAUGCUUCAAGUAGGUUACUGAGACACAGUUAUGUAGAUAUUGUAAGAUUAUUAUAGGCAAGAAGAGAUUAACAACAUUAAUGGUUGUGAAGCAGUUUGUCAAAUUUAUGUAACCAAAGUACUUUGGAUUAUUUAUGGAGGCUGGUGCAUUUUGGGAUUGAACUGCAGCUGUGUCCAGUGGUCAAAAAAGUCAAUUUCCUUGUUCAUAAGGAUUAAAGAAGCAAAAGUGUAAACAUCUUUUUGUAGGAACAACCAAAUGUGGAUGUAGUAUGUUCAGCCAAAUCUGUGGGGAUGUGACCCCACAAGAAGAGCUAUAUUUAGACAUAUUUUUGCCUCUGAUGUGGGAGUAUGACUACUUCAAGACUCAGCAUUGCUGUUCCACAUUCUCUGAUCCUCAAGUCAGUAUUUAGCCCAGCAUUGGAUUUGCCUUGUGUGGUAUAGGACUUAAUUGUCUCAUUAUCACUACAACCAAUUGGAUUGAGCAGAAUGCCCCAAAUGGAAAAUUCAGAUCAGCUUAGUGCGAGGCUAAGAUGCCAAAGGGCAGCUUCAAGUGGUUUCCUUUUCUGAUAGAACAAGAUAAAAUUAUUUUAAAAUGGAAAGGUUUAUGUGCCAAAAAAUGCAAUUAAAUCAGGUAAUGGACAAGUUUGAGCCUAUGAGUUAUGGGUGGUGAUACAUUAGGACAUUUUAAGGCAAUGUAGUGCAAAACGUUGCCCCUUGUGUCACUGCUGUAAGUCUUAAAACUACUGCAAAAUAAUCUUCCCUUUAUGAAAAAGUUCCUGAGGACUGACCUCAAACAAACACUCUUUUACUUUUGACACCAUCCCUUGCUCUAUUUACCAUGUUGCACUGCAUGACUGAAAUGGUGAUCUUUGCACUGUGUGACAGUUCUCAAUUUGAGGCAGAUAUCUGGUUAGUAUUAAGUCCCCAGUGCAUGAUGUAAACUGAAACAUCAGCCUCUUCUCUUUAUUUGUUUUUAUGGGCUUUUUUGGCAGAUCCUUACUUGAUUUAAUAUGAGUUUGUUUACUUGCACAUUUGAAUAUCCCCAAUUUAAUUGGGGAUUUUGAAGUUUUGCUGUUUGAGGUGUAUGGAUGUAAACACCAAAACUCCUUUUACAAUAGCCUGAAUAUUGUAAUGUUCUAAUGUUACAAUACUGGUGUUAGCCAGGAUAGUUAGGCAAGUAAAUGCCAUGUUCUGUGAAUUGUUUUUUGCAAGUAUGUUAGUCUCUUUCCAUGGUAAUAGUUGAAAUACUGUAUUAUGUUUAUGUACAGUGGUAUUUAUGUUUAGUAUGUGAAACUGCCUAGAAACAGUUUCUCCUGCUAAAUCAGGAUACAUAUUUUUUGUUUGACUACUUGUGCAUUUAGAUACACUCAUCUUCUUCCGUUUUAAUGCACUCUGAAUCUGAACCAAAGCAUUAACUUUAAGGUAGCUGCUCUAAGCUGCAUGAGAUAUUUCCUUUCAUGCAAAUAUGCAAAGAAAUGCUUCAUAUAUCACGGUUUCUGUUUGUUUUGUCCAACUGGUGAAAUAUGUUAGAUGUUUCUAGCUUAGAUAUUUUGUAACCGCGUACAGUGUGAUUCUUCAGAGAUUCCUUGUAGGAUCUAUAAUAUCCAUAUCCAACAUUAUCAUGCUCAAAACUAUGCAUCUUUUUUUGCUGUUGUGUUGCUUAUGCCAUUUCAAAAAGACCUCAUCAAAUGGGUCCAAACUUAAAAGGGUGCAACAUGAUGUACAUAUACUGUACUUUUACUCCCAUAGCAUCAGCCACAAUAGAAAUAACAAAAGUAGGAUCCACUGCCCGUAUGAAAAGCUGCAAUCCUUGGAGCUAAACACUACAAAGCUCUUGUCUAACUUAGUUCGCAUGAGUUCCCCGUUGCUGCCUCAUUAAGCCUCUUUUCUUUUGUUUGGGUGUAUUAAUAGCUCAAGUGGAGGAAAAGGAAAAGUGUCCUAUAUUGAGCUCCCCUCUGGGAGCCAGGCUCUAUUAGCUGAUGGGCUGCAGUGCUGUUUGUUCCAAAGAAAAUACCGUACUCCACUCACUGCCUCUGUGGGACCUAGCUCACUUUUCUUUGUAGGGAAAAAAUAAGGAAAGGGUUGGUUUAGUACCAACGUCUCUUGGGGCUGAUUUUAAGGUUUCCCCCCUUUUGAUGAACAGCUUAUUCAGUGUGCCACUAUGAGGAGGAGGGAGGGAGGGGAUUUGAUUUAAUUUGACAUCCUAUUGUCUUUGAUACAUUUUUUUUGUUGGUUUCCUGGAAUUUAAAUGGAUGUUCCUUUUCUGCCUACAGUGCUCCCUCUUUUUUGCUUUCGCUCUGAAUUAAAGUUGCAAGCUCCCCACCUGCUAAGCUAAACUUUUGGACCUUUUUGCAACAUUAAUUAGAGGGGCUUGUAGUUUGAACUGUUUUGUAUAAAUCAGUGAUUGCUGUUGUGCGUUUUAGAGUCAAAGGAUUGGACUUGGGAUGCUCCUAUAUGCUUCUAUACUGGUGUCAUGUAUGUGCUUAAGAGACAGAUGUGGGUGCCAAAGCUGAAAGUGACAUUGAACAUUGUGCUCUGAAAGCACAGCUUCUUUAGUUAGGUGCUUUUGUGCAUAUAUUGUCUGUGAAAGGGAUAAUUUUUUGGACAGAUGCUGUGACUAGUGUGGGUUUUUUUGGUCAGCUUUUAGUAUGGGAUCAUGUGGAGCUGUCCACGGUGCUGAAGUGGCCAAACCUCUGGUGGUGCUGCAAAAACAAGUGGCUUUCCACAGUGGCCCAUAAUAAUGUGAUCCUUUAAAGCAGUGCUUCCCAACCAGGAGUACUUGUACUCCAGGGGUGACUUUUGCAGUUGACGGGGUACCUGGUCAAUUUCUAGUUCUUAAAAGGAGGAAAACAAACAACACAAAUUGGAUUACAAAUUGGUAUGAGGCUGAUCUUAAAAGGGGAACUCCACCAGUCUUACACAUCAAAGUCUGUUUACAGGUCUCGGGGGUACUCCCGAGACAUACUGCAUAUGUAAGAAAAAGGUUGUAUAAAGCCAUUAAAUUGCUUCAAGUGAUGUUACUUGAGUUAGUGUCAGUUGGGGCUGAAGUUUGAAAAUGGAAAAAAAUCUGGGGGUGUGAAUUUAGAAAGAAGUGCGCUUACCACUAUAGCUAACUCAUCUCUGCUUGAGGCUAGCAGCUAGAGGCUGCAUUAGCUGCUGCUAGCACAACACACCUGAAUCUCUAACCGAACUGUUGUUGUUGUUUUUCAUUGUUUUGUGAGGAAAUGGUGGGAGAGAGGGGCAUGACAUGCAACAAAGCUCACCGGCUGGAGUCAAACCGGUGACCGGCGACGUUGCUGUUAUAUGGCAUGCGCUGUAACCAUUCGGCUACCAAGGCGCUCCGAAAUGACAAUUUUUAAAUAUAAUUUUUAAAUGUCACAAACAAUCUCUAUUAUAUUUGGGCGGCAGCAGGAAUUUCAUAGACUGAUAUCACAACCUGGCCACAUAAAACCAAAGCUAGAUACCACUCGUAAGAAAAUACUUUUUGGAAUUUGGGUGAACCAUAUUGGAGAAAUAAUUUUUCUCUUACACCUUACAGACAGGUCAAAGCACAUGGUACAAAUGGCACUGUUGUCUUGCUCAAAGACACUUCAGCAGGUUGGGUUCAUGCCAACAGUGGGACUUGAACUUGUGUUUUUGCAUUUAUUAGGCUUAGUCAGCCCAGUAUUGCUCUAUUUUUGAUAGAGAUUAAUGCGACCUGAAAAGGUUUUUAUGUUUUGUGUUAUUGAGGGAAACACAGAUGCUUUUGUGUACACAAGUUGUAAGGGAUGUCAUUCAGUGCUCAUGCCAACCUGCCACUUCAGGCAUCAUCAUCAUCUUCAUCAUCACCACAGCCAUCACCCUUAUGCAUGUGCCACUGCUUGAUUCCUGUCAAUAUUUUUUCUUUUUUUAAUCUUAUCCUUGUCAUAUCGUUACUGAACCAUGUCAAAAAAGUACUGUAGCAGUGAAUCCCUUUGAGAUUGGUCAAUAUUAAACUGUUUCAAAACAUGCAAUCAAGCUUUAAGGGCAAAACUUUGCACGUUAUUUUAAUCAUGCAGUUGAUUUCUUUGUAAAAGAAAAUAGUGUCCUCUUUGACUUUGUGCAGGUUCAGAUGUUUCAAGUUAUUCAUCUGUCUGUUUCUGUUGAUGACUGUUGUCUAACAUUUCUAAGACGAUACUAAAAUAUAAACCUCAACACCGGAUAGUACUUUUACUGCAAGGAUACACCAUGUGCAUACCUGCUUUUUUGGGCACUGUGAACAUCAUCAUUCAGGUCUUUAGGCACACCAUUGAUAGUAUGAGGAAAAACCUUGAUUUGCUUCAAUAAAUGCUUUACUUGCUGGCUGAAUACAUCUGUACAUUUAAUAACUUGAGUCAUGAUGAGUCUUUUAAUAGAUCCUUGGCUUCAUUGUAUUUUCAAGUGUGUUUACAUCAUUACUGAACAUAUUUUGUGAUACCAGGAUUUUUGUGUAUGAGUUGUCAGAAGGACAAUACAUGUACGAUUUCCUGUUCAUUUAUUGAUCUCGACUAAAAAAUUAGGUACAAACCUUUUCAUAUUCAAAAAUGGUAUUCUAAAUUAAAAGGCAUGGCAUUUGGAGACAUGGAAACUUUAUUGCCUCUAGAUGGCAGUGUUUAAUAAAGUACCACUCAGAACAGUUUACUGUGCAGUUUGAACUCCAUUCAGCCUUAUUUAUAUUCAGUAUAUUUAUCCAUAGAUGAGUCAAAUGUAAGGUUGUGUUAAAUAUGCUUCAAAACUAAAAUAUUUUUUUUUUUUUAAUGUUGUCUAGCAGGAGAUAUUUAUAUCAAUGUACUGGGUUGAUUAAAUGCAUAUUUAUAACCUAAUUAAGAUUUGUGACUUAAAAGUGAACUGAACGUACUGUAAAUGUCCAGUUAUAUUAUUUUUAUGCUCUGAUUAAAAUAGUCAUAUGCAGUGGACCAGACAAAAGAUUUCCAGACUCUUUUAAAGAGUGAUUUUUAAGAUGCAUAUUUAAUACUGUACGACAAAUAUACUAGUGUGAGACUUGUCCAUCUGAGGAUCAUUAGGGAAUUAUUAAUGAUAAAUGAGCAUUGUUUGUGUUUGCAGAUUUUGAGUGUUUAGUUUCAUAUCUUUAAAGAAAUGUUUAUUUUAGAAGUUAAGGGCUUUUGGGUCUUCGAAUCCCUUCAGAAAAUAUGUUUGUCACAUGUUGCAAUAAAUGUUUUUAAAAUAUUCUCA